GAGCUGUGAUCAUAUCCACUCCACAAGAUGUGGCUUUAUUGGAUGCACGCAAAGGAGCCGAAAUGUUUAGAAAAGUCCAUGUUCCUGUUUUAGGACUGGUUCAAAAUAUGAGUGUUUUCCAGUGUCCCAAAUGUAAGCAUGAGACACACAUUUUCGGAGCUGAUGGUGUAAAGGAUCUAGCGAAAACCCUGGGAUUGGAUACUUUAGGAGACAUUCCACUGCAUGUUAAUAUACGGGAGACGUGUGAUUCCGGAGAGCCUGUUGUGAUCUCACAGCCUCAAAGUGAUGCC